AUGCUGCAGUACCAGACCUGGGAGGAGUUCAGCCGCUUGGCGGUGCAGCUCUAUCUUGCCGACCCCAUGAAGGCACGUGUGGUUCUGAAAUACAGGCAUUCGGAUGGGAGUUUGUGUAUGAAAGUAACAGAUGAUUUAGUUUGUUUGAUGUAUAGAACAGACCAAACUCAAGAUGUUAAGAAGAUUGAGAAAUUUCACAGUCAGCUAAUGUGA